CUGUCAGUUGACUUUAGUUGUGCUUUAGGGUAGUUCGGCAAGGCAUCUUCACUCCAGGCUCCAGCACUGAGUUUUCGGAAUGACGUUGAGUUAUUUAGUGAUUGAAAUACAUGGCACUAGUCUAAGCUUGUGUUAGUGUUGGAUGUGCACGGACUUUCGUCAGUUAAAUUUGUUCAUUCCCUAUGAAUAUCAAGGGAAUCAAAGCUCCUAUUGGAAAGUGUCCGUGCAAAAAUAAUGGCUUCGUAUCGCAAGCGCAAAGAAGAAAACAACUUUGAGCGUACCUUGACUUGGAAGGUCGAGCCUUGAAAAUCAACCGAACAUUUUUCUCCCAUUGUGAACGAUUCGUUGUUUCGCCCUUGUUUUUUAUGAGCUACUUCUAUCCUGGACUUAGCUAAUUUGACUGCUCCCUGUUACAUACUGAAGUUCCCUAGACAGAAGUAUAUUUCAAGUGGAAGUGGCCAGUAGUCUAUGACUUGCAUUCGGAGGUUAGCAGGACAUGUCCAACAGUUUUCAGCAGCUGCAGCCAGCAUCGCAGCCUCCACGUAGCACCAACCCUGGCUUGUCUCGUGGAGGAUUUGGCAUGAACUCUCUCUCCGGCCAUGUUACGCCCACAUCGGGUAUGUUUCCCUCCUCCUUCACCCCUCAACAACUGUCACCCAAUCGGUCCCUCAAUAUGGGGAGCCGAAUGUUUGGGCAGCGGAAUUUCGCGGAUCGACGGACUAUGCCGGGUCUGAGUAAUUCAAAUUCCAUGGGAAGUAUGGGUAGUUUUGGUAUUCCUCCAAACCGAACAUACAGCUCACAAGGGACAAUUAACAGCUUCCAUUCAGUAUUUGGUGGUAGUGGAGGUGGUGGAGACACAAGCACUCCACCUUUACUAGACUUAUCAGAGUUCCCAUCAUUGAAUAGAGGGCAAGGAGAUACGAUGCCUCAACCUAAUCCAUCUAUGCCUGGCAAGCAACCUUAUGCAUCCCUCACACACCUGCAUCAACGAAAUUUAGAAAAAGUCCAAGUUGGAAUGGUGAAGCAACCAACUAAUGAAUCAAGUGAAUUUACAAUGAGUUCAGAAGAUUUUCCAGCCUUACCUGGCACCCAAAACCAAGAAGGCCCUUCACCAGGUGGAAGUUUGUCGGGGGAGAAAGGGUUACCGGGUGUAAUAGGCAGUGAAUUAAGUGGCCUUGAUUCCUCAAUUGGUCGAGGAACAGCUGUGGAGAAAGCAACUAAAAGAGGGAUUCAAACAUCUCCUGAUGGUAAAGUGACGAAUGUUCCUGCUAGUAUGGUGAAAGACCAGUUUGGUAUGGUGGGACUUUUAACAUUUAUCCGAGCAGCUGAAACAGAUCCCAAUUUGGUAUCAUUAGCGUUAGGGCAGGAUCUGACUGCAUUAGGGCUUAACCUAAAUUCUCCUGAUAAUCUUUAUCCCACAUUUGGGGGACCAUGGGCUGAUACUCCAUGCAGACCACAGGACAUAGACUUUCAUGUUCCACCUGAGUACCUUGUCAAUGCAAGCAUCAGAGAAAAGUUACCUCCCAUAAGACUAAGGCGCUACAAGGAUGAUCUUCUAUUCUACUUGUUCUACACAAAUCCAGGGGAUGUCUUACAAAUUGCAGCAGCUGAAGAAUUAUACAAUCGGGAGUGGCGGUAUCACAUGGAAGAAAAAGUAUGGAUUACUCAAGCUCCUGGCAUGCAAGUUCAAGAAAAAACCUCAACUUAUGAACGCGGCACAUAUUACUACUUUGACCCUCAAAACUGGAGAAGGGUUGCAAAGGAAUUCCAUUUGGAUUACAGUAAGCUUGAAGGCCGACCUCAUGCGCCACCAUCACUUCCUCCUAUGCAUCAAGCGCCCGGGGUGUCUGGUGGAAGCAUCUAGUCGAGACAUUCUAAUGCCAAGCAACUGUAAGCACAUUUUCCUGCUAGGUAGGAAGGAAUUUAUACAGGGAUUUCUUCUUCUUGUUUCAUUUAGAACUCCGUGAUACAUCAUCUUGUUCACUUGGCAAGAAAUAUGUGCGGGCAAUCACACUUGAUAAUAGAAUCGGUGCAUUUUUCUCUUGUAAAUAUUACUUUUGACUGUUGAAAGAAACAAAUUUUUCUUCUUUUUCCAGACUUGUCACUUCGAAUUUUAUUUUUAUACAUAGCAUUCAAUACUUUUAAAGAAAUUAUUGUAUAUGAUGCAAGGUGGCUUUGGAAUAAAGAGGUGUCAUCAUUGUUAUGUUUUUCUCUGAA